AGCACCCGACUAAACCCUAGCCGCCGUCCGUCCCCAACCUUCACCGCCGCUCCCCCCUCAACCCUCCGCCCCCAAACCCCGCCGCCGCCUCCGCCAUGCGGCCGCUCGACGAGAAGGAGACCACGAUGGUCUUCGAGAAGCUCUUCAAGUUCACCGGCCCCAACCUGAAGCACCUCCUGGAGCGGCCCUCCGUGGAGGGCCCCGACCCGGAGCCCGGCCGCUACUGCCUCCGCCUCCACAAGAACCGCGUCUUCUACGCCUCCGAGUCGCUCGUCCGCCGCGCCACCGCCGUCUCCCGCACGCGCCUCGCCGGGGUCGGCACGCCCAUCGGCAAGUUCACCCACGGCGGCGCCUUCCACCUCACCGUCCACGCGCUCGACCUCCUCGCCGCCCACGCACGCCGCCGCAUCUGGCUCAAGCCCGACACGGAGCGCUCGUUCCUCUUCGGCAACUCCGUGCCCAAGUCCGCGCUCGCGCGCAUCACCGAGAACACCAAGUCCGGCGACGGCGUCGUCGUCAUGUCCAUGGCCGACGUGCCCCUCGGGUUUGGGGUCGCCGCCAGGGGCGCGCAGGACUGCAGGAAGGCCGACACCAACGCCGUGGUGGUGCUCCACCAGUCCGACGCCGGCGAGUACCUCCGCAAGGAGGAGGAGCUCAUGUGAGGUGAUGUGUGACUGGUGCUGAAAGAUGUGUUCCCUUCCGUGGUUGCGAUCACCGAUCAUCUGUGCUUGCAAUCAGUGUGCAGUUCGUCCACCAUUCUGUAUUCUGCAGUUUUUAUACAGGGCAAGGAAAAGCCGAUGUCUGAUCGUAGCAGAGUAGUUCUGAUGGCUAUAAAUUUUGUCACGCUGUAGCUUAUCAGUAAGCCACUGCAUUGUAUCGUGUGAACUGUGAACUAAAGAUUAAGAUAAUGACACAUUUCCUCUUGGAGCCCUAA